GUGUUUGGGGUUUGCAUCAAUGAUAGUAAAUUGCUUGAAAACAAAAACGCCGUCCUGGCUAUUUGUUCAUAUUUACUUUUUUUUUGUUUUUUUUUUUAAACCUUGUCAAAAUGUCUCGCAAUGCGAAUGACAGCAAUAAUUAUAGCCAAAGUUAUAAGCUAGUUGUUGUUGGAGGAGGAGGUGUUGGAAAAAGUGCCUUAACUAUACAAUUUAUCCAGUCAUAUUUUGUAACAGACUAUGAUCCCACAAUAGAAGACUCUUACACUAAACAAUGUGUUAUAGAUGAUCAUGUGGCCAGAUUAGAUAUAUUAGAUACAGCAGGUCAGGAAGAAUUCAGUGCAAUGCGGGAGCAGUACAUGCGUUCUGGAGAGGGCUUUCUUUUAGUAUACUCUGUCAUAGAUAGAAGCAGUUUUGAAGAAAUCUUCAAGUUUCACAGGCAGAUAUUAAGAGUUAAAGACAGGGAUGAAUUUCCAAUGCUGUUGGUAGCCAAUAAAUCAGAUCUAGACACACAGAGAGUGGUGACCACAGCAGAUGGCCAGGAGUUAGCAAAUAAUUUAAAAAUUCGUUACAUGGAAGCAAGCGCAAAGCACAGACUUAAUGUUGACCAGUCUUUUUAUGAAUUGGUCAGAAUAGUCAGAACAUUUCAAGAAGAAGAACGGCCAACUGUCAAACCAAACAAUCGUAAACGCAAGAAAUGUAUUAUCCUGUGAUAAAAUGUACUUCAAUUGAAGACAAUUUAUUUUUUAAAGUUUAUCUAAUUUUCCAGAGUUGAGAAAAUAAUUGCUUAACCAAAACAUUUUCAUUUGUUAAAUCCCUCGUCUACUAAACAGCUUCUUGUAUUCUAAGACAGUCAGGUAUUAUCCUAACCUCUCAAUUAUUUUGACAUGAAAGUCUUCUAUAAAAAUUCUAAUGGCUUUUUUAACUUGAUAUAUCAAAAUUUGCUUUUAUAAUUACUAUUUUUUGUUACAAGAACUAUUUUUGAUCAAGCUGAAAAAAAAAAGUUAUCUUUAUUCAAAUAUGUGGUGCAGAAAUGUUUGUAAACAGGAGCAAAUUAGUUCCUUUUUUACCUAAACAGUUUUUUUGUUAUUAGCUUUUUCCAAAUAAUGGAAAAGUUGUGUAGAUGUAACCACACAUGUGACAGCACAACAUUGUUUUAAUUCACAAAUAAAAGAAGUGGUUAGCUUGUAAUCUUCUCUUUCAGUACUGCUUAAGCAGAGUUGGCAUCACAUAAACUAAGUAGCAAACUGCUUUAUUUCCAGUAUAUACAUUGUCCUUGAAAGACAGUUUAUGAUAAUUGGUGUUGAUUACUUCCCAGAUGUUAAUUAUUGUUUAUAAUCGACUCCUUUUGCAAUAAUUUUUUUUUCUCUUUAAUGCUUGGACCUGUGUGUUAUUGUGUGGGACUGAAUGAAUGAUUUUUUAUUGUAAUAUUUGUGUGGGUUAACUAUGAAGGCAUACUUGCAUAGCGUCGGCUUAUUGCCACUUAAUGUUAUAAUAUUUGCUUAGUUUGUCUAUGAGCUCAUUUUUGAUAAGUUUUUUAUGUUAACUAUCUGCAAAUUAUUCUAGUUGAGCUGAUUUUACUGUAUUUGAAUUAGUUAACUCAUUUUAAACUUUCUGUUUGCUUUUACUGAAGUUAAAUAUUUUAUUGCUACAGAUUGUCUUUGUGUAAAAUGCUGAUGUUUAAAAUAGAUUAUAAGAAAAAAAAAGUUAAAAGAUAUUCAUUGUAAAACAGUACCUAGCAAUUAACAAUUUUAUAUUAUAGUUAUAAAUAGUUGUUUUUUUCCACCCAAGAAUUCUAUAUUGUGUACAUUUAGAAUUGCACUCCAGUCAAAGCACAGGUUUUAAAGGUUUACUUCCAAAACUGUUCUUUGUUUUUUUUUUGUUUGUCAAAAACACAAAUAGACUUUUAGAAUAAAAUCUGUUUUGUAACUUGAUAAGAUGUACAUAGGUUGAGAUGGUUUUGUCUGCCACAAUUUUUCCUUAGUUUAUUAUAUGCAAGAUGUUAACUCUAACCACAUGUAUACUUUUUAUCGUUGAAACAUGUUUAUCAGCAAAGAAAUGUCUCCCAUGAUGUGUCUGAGAAUCGUUGUCAAAACAAAUGCAUUUUGUUCUCUCAAAUGAUUCCUUGGUUAUCAAAAUGUAAAAACAAAUGUUUAUUAUACUAUUAUAGCAUUUUAUAAGCAUUUAUAUGUAAAAUAUGUUUUGACAAAAUUGUAAUUUAUCUCUACAUAAAAUUUACUUUUUUAUUCAAAAAUGUUUUCAAUUUUAAUUAUAAAUGAAACCUUCUUGCUUUUUUUUUUUUUUGUAACUUAUUGUUGUUUUUUUUUGCUUUUGUUUUUUUUUUUUUUAAGAAAAAAAAAUUCUUUUAUAACAGAUGUGACCUAAUACAACAAAACCGUGACCAUGUAUGUUUACCUUAGUUUGAUAAGUAACAAGCAAAAAAUCAUUUUAAAAAAUGUGAAAUGAAUUUUUUUCUUUUUAGUUUUGAGUUUUUGAAUUGAAUGGAACUUUCUUAAGUUUCAUACCUAAUGAAAUUAUUGAAUUAUAAACCAUUCUCCUAAUUAUGAUUUAAUAAGUACUUACAUUCAGGUAGACACAUUGUUAACUGAAGUAAUUAUUUUGAAAUCAAAACUAUUUAAACCCCUUUGAAUGAUACUUAUAGUUUGAAAUCUAUUGAGGAACACUGUGCUACCUUUUGUUCUAUUGGGUCACAAUAUCUAUAUGCACCUUUUUUUCCAUUCCGAUUUUUUAAAAAUUUGCAUAAUACUACAACACUCAAACACCCUACUGUUUAAACCACAGAAUAAUCCAACUCUUUGCAAGCUUAUUUCAAAAGAAAGGAUAUGAUUAUUACUGACUUGCAUAUUAUAUUUGCAAGUCAACAAUCACACUAGAAUAAGUACUUCAGGAAGUACUAAUUAAAAUAAAAACAUUAUUUCCACUUGCAUGGAAUAAGAUUUGAAAUCAAAACAUGGAGCUUCAUUUUUUUUUCUUAUUCUAGACGCCAGGCUUUUGCAAUUUUCUCUUCGUUAUGUUUAUGCACUGUGUCACAUCUAUUCUGUGGUUGAAACAUUGCCUAGGCAGAUACAGACACACACAUCAAUGUUUUGUGAUUGCUCAUCGAUAAAUAGUUUAUUUAUUUAGCUCUGUUCUAUGACCCCCACAUUGAUUUUGUUUAAUAUCAGAAUGCUAUCGCUGCAUGUAUUGAUGUACAGUAUGUGAUAUUGUGUUUUGUGGCAAACAUGGACAGCACUAUGAAGUUGUGUGUGUGUGUGCAUGUUAACAGUUUUCACUCAAUGUGUGCAAGUGCUAGUGAGUGCAAUUUUCACAUUUAUUACACCUGAUCCUGGCUUUCUUUCCCUCCUAACAAACUUCUUUUUAAUUGGUUAAUGGUAAUUAACAUGGUUGAUAUCAUUAUGAAUAAAUCUGAUAGCUGUUUAAAAUCUCUAGUUUUAACAAUUUUUUUUUGUUACAACUAGAUUUAGUAAUUUUGACUAAAUUCAUUCAAAUUAACAUUGUUAUAGUGCCCACCUUUGAGUUGACAUUUUGUUGACUGGAACAUUUUUUUUUUAACAAUUUAACCUUGUAAUAAAAGUAAUUUUUGUAUUACAAAUGAAUGAUAUAUGAAUUUAACUAAUAAAUGACCUUGAGGGCGUGGUGGCCAAGUGGUAAAGUGCUUGGCUUCCGAACUGAGGGAUCCCUGGAUUGAAUGUUACUGAAGACUUGGCUUUUAAGGGUCCCCUUGAGUCCAACCAACUGUAAUGGGUACCUUACAUUGGUUGAGGAAAAUAAAGUGGUUGGUCGUUGUGCUGGCCACAUGACACCCUCAUUGACCCAUCUGCCAAGAAAACAGAUGACCUUUACAUCAUCUGCUCUAUUAUAUAAAAGGACAUUGAAAGAUUUGGUCCAAUGUGUGAGUGGUUGAAACUUUUAAGUUCAAAGGAAACUUUUACAUUUUCAUUCUUAGUGGAGAUUAGGUCAUAAUUUAUUUCUCUUUAUUAUGUCAACUAUUUGUUGCACUAUUUUUCUGCAUCAUUAGUGGUUUUGAGCUUCAAUGCACUGUAAUACAUCAACUGUCUAUAAGAUACCCACCCUUUCCACCCACCCUUUGUAUGUGUGUACCAAUUUGUGAGCACUAUUGUAAUUUUAGCUUGAUAAGUUUUACAGUAGUUUUAUAAAUGUCCCCUGGCAGCCUUCUUACUGUAGUACUACUACUACAACUACUAGAAAGAUGUCUUAAUUUCUAGAACUGUAAUGUCUUCGACAACAAAAGAAUCUGGAAUAUUUUGCAUGCAUUCAUAGAGCAGUUAUGCUUUUGUUUUUGACGGAGAUGUCUGUUGGGCUAAAGUAGUAGGUGUUAGUUACCAAAGCUUUACAGUAUUGCUCUUGUUAUUCUGAUGUGUGUGUCCAUAGUGCGAAAUCGUUCCAUUACUUAUUUAAUUCCAGGCUUGUUUGGUUUCCACCCACUUCAUUUAUUAUUUAUGCUCUAACAUUUAUAUUCAUGUUAUUCACAGUUUCAAAUUAUUUAUUUAUUUAUUGAUUUCAUUUCUGUGCAUUGAAGAACAUAAUGUUUUAGCUUUAAUUUUUUGUUUUCUAUACAGUAAUAAUAGUAUUGAUAAAACAGUAACACAGGAAUGACUUUUACAUAUUCAACUCUUGCAUUGAAGCUGAGUUUGGCUUUAACUGUUAUUUGACAAUGUAGUGGAUUCAUGUAUUCCUGUUCAAAAUGUUAGAUUGUGCUCAGUCACUAUCGAGACAAUAGCUGUGACUGAGUUGAUGUCAUCAUCAUUUCUGGAGAUUUCUUUUUUUCUGUUCUUUUUUUCAUGUUGUUUGGUUUGGUUUACAGUUGAGUUGAACUUGGUAGACUGGAUCUAGGGAAACUUGGUUGUUAACAAAUGUUUAGAACACAUUUAAAUUUGGGUGACUUUUUGACAAUUUAUUUGUCUAUUUAAAAAAAAAAAAUUACAGAGGACAUUUCUGAAUGAUUUAUUGACAGUGCAGAUUUCUGAAGGAAAUUCUAUUGGUGUACAAUCAUAACAGUGAAUUGUGUUUCUGUUUGCAAUGUGGUGUUCUGGUUGUAAGAUUCCUCCUCAAAACAUCACCGGCAAUACAAUCUGUUCUGCACAUAAGUAUAAAUCUAGUAAGUGCUUGCAGCUGUGUGUGUUCUGUUUACUCCUUACAUUGACACUGGACUUCUUCAUUCGCUGCGCACAAUCUGCAUUCAUUUUUCAGCAACAGAUUUUGCCACAUUUUCUUCUUGUUUUCUUUAGUUAAGGGCAUCUAUUAGUCCCAUGAGCUGUUUUGUUUGUAUUUUUUCUUAAAUAUUGGUUUUAUACCUCAGUUUCUAGGCAUAACUUAAUAACUACACUGGAUAGUAAACCUCAAUGUUAGCUCUAGCCCUUGCUUGGGUGCUGUAUAAUUUUGAAAUUCUAUCUUCAUGUCUGCAUUAGAUGUAUAUGAUACAAGGUCAUGUAUGAUAAAAACAGGUUAUCAUUUUUUCAUACCAGGACCACAGAAUAAUUUCUUGACUUCAUUUUUUCUCUUUAUUCUUUCUCUAGUCACCACAUCUCUUUGUGUUCAGUCUCCAGUACAUCACCUACGCAUCAUUUCAUUCUACAGAUUAUCUUUCUGAGACGACCCAGUGUAAAAAUUCCAAUUCAAACUAGUAAAUACUAAUGGAUCUGUCUGCAUGAGAUAUGGCAAAAUAUAUAGGUCACUGCUAGGUCUGCAUAGUCAAUACUGCAUUAGUCUCCAAUCUCAAGGUUAAAGUUUUUAUUUUAAUACUUUAAUGACAUAAUUUUUAGUGCUGGUUUGUGACUAAUGUACUGUGGGUUUGAAAUCUAACUGCACUGCUAUUAGCUUUCAAGAAUUUUAUAACAUUGGGUAGUUGUUAUUUGGUGUGAUCAUUUUUUUUUUCUCUAAUUAAUGACAUGUUUAUUUCACUGACUUUUUCAUAGGCUUCUUUAAAGAGGUUUCUGAGGCAAUUCUUUUCAAGGCAGUCUGUCAAUAUCAUAAUAUUUAUUGUUAUCCACAUAGACCUAUUGGUACAGCACUUGAGAAUUUAUUAAUUCGUUUCUUAAGAAUUUUGUCAUUUUGUAUUGAGAGGUUGAAAGCGUAGAUCAUGUUCUGUUUUCUCAAAGUAAUUUUAGAUGGCUAGAAUUAAAUUCCAGUUCAUUUGUUUGGCUGGUUUUAGGCACUGUGUGAAGAACAAUUUCUUUUUUUUUUUUUUUUUGGAAACAUUGAACUCUGUGUGUAUAUAUAUAUAUAUUAUACUUCAAGUGCUUUCUGUUUUAUUUAUAUGCUUAACACACACACUCACACCUAUGGUGUGUCCUUUUUGAAAACAUGCAAGUUAAUCAUUUAUUGACCAGGUUUAGUUUUCUUCUUAAAAGGUUGCACUGUUCAGAAGCUAAUUUAAAUUUACUUCAUUCUCAAUAUGUAUAUUAUAAACUACCUUCUUUGUACUAUAGAGGGAAAAUGAAUGUUUAAAAUGUUCUUGUAAAUGAAUUUGUGUAAAUAUAGUUUUUCAAAGCCAAUCUUUAGUCCUAUUUCAUACUUGUGCUAAUAGAAAACCCCUUACAUUCUCUGUCAUUUAAUACUUUUAUUACAGCAUAGUAAAACAAAAAUGUUUGUUUGUAAGUUAUCUUACUUUUUGUUGGCUGUACUAAUAUUUGAAUGUUAUAUUAGUGUGUGUGUGGGAUAUUGAAUAUUCAAAUGCUGAUUUUACCUUUUUAGCUUAUGUAUAAAAACAUGGAUUUUUAAUUAUACUUCUUUGUAAAGAUGCUGUGAAUGAAUUUUAUUUUCAAAAAUAUUUGGAGUCCUUUAAAAAAUGUAACAAACUCUUUUGCAUUAAAUUAUUUUGAAUAUCAA